AUGUAUGACAAAGUUCAUGGUAAGAGUCUUGUUGUAGCAUUGCGUAAUUACAGGGUGUACCAAAAAAAUGGAAACUUGUUUUUAUAGCUAUAUUUUUUCGGAGAAUCAAAGUUCAGCAAAAGUAACGGUUAUGAUUAGUAACAUAGAGCAUUGUUUAUAACAUGUUCAAUCUGUUUCACAGUGGCUGCCUUUGGUGGCGAUAUAGAGCUCCAAACGUGACGUAAAAUUUUGGGGUCCGGGCCGCAGCUUUUUAUGGGAGAAAUCGGUCCCGUUCGUGGCGCAUCAUUUACGUUGCGGCUCCAAACUUUUGUGGAGCAUAGUACAGGUGCUGGCCUUCUAUUUAAAAAAAUAUAUAGUCCAUUGGAUUCAGAUCUGGCGAGCAGGCGGCCAUUUUGCAGGCGGGACAAAAUCGGGAAAAUCGGUCCCAUUUGGGGUCCUGAGUCGAUUUUGCCUUGUGAGCCGGCGCUGAGUCCUGUUGAAACCCCAAGUUUACAUUGCCAAGGUUCUGCUGAGCUCACGGAAGCACGACAAAAUAGAAAUUAACGCGGCGCUAGUAUUUUGUCCCAUUUAUUCACGAAAAACGUGGAAUUCUUGCCGCUGGCACAAAUUCCGCCUUAAGCAAUGACGACCCGGAUUUUGGUGGUAUUUGACGAUGGCCAACAGGCUAGGAGCCUCACUGAAGCAGAUUCUAUCGUUCUGGUGGUUGUGUAUCCGCUAAAUAUUAAACCGCGAACUGAAUGCGCUCACGUCUCGGAGCUGCGGCCCACCCGUUUGACUUUCCGACAUUUUUGCGCUGUAUGCACUUUCUCUCGACUUUAAAGAUCUGAAUUUUUUAGAGCUUGUAUAACAUGAGGUUGAGCUCGCCUUUGACUACUCGGCCGAGCGAUCGGUCGCUGAUGUCAGUCUCAAGGGCCAGUUUUUCUUGAAAAUCGCGGAUUUUGCUGUGGGGGAUCUUUCGGUUGAAAGAAGCGCAGGCGGUGCGUUUUCUUUCACUUCCUGGGCGCUUACUAUCCGUAUCAAGCUCCUUGGGCCUCGUGAUUACUUUCGACACAACGUUCUUUCUAUACCGAGCAAAUUAACUUUUCGAACAGCUCCAAAAACAAGUCCAAAAUCGAGGUCCCUUUGUUUGAAGUUCAAAAAAGACAGGUCGAUUAAUCGAUAUGGGCGUAAAAAUCAAAACACUAGGACAGAAAAACACAGAGAAUUUUGUAGUAAUAAACUUCUUUGGCUACACCUAACCAUUUUCGCGUCAGGACAAAUGAAAAAAAGUUUCCAUUUUUUUGGUACACCCUGUAUGUUCCUUACGGUAACAUUAAAUGUAAUCACAUUUCAACGGACUGAUCUUUGUUUUUUCAGCUGUCGAAAACGGGUUUGUGGCCAACGGAAAGGUCCAAAAAAGGUAUGGGAAAAGGCCAGGUCCUAUUUACCAAAAAUUACAACUCGGAUUAGUCAGUAGUAGCCUAUGAGAACUUGUUUUUUCUCAUAUAUAUUUGUUAGAAGAAAAAAAUUUCCCUUUUUCUCAGCUGUCUAGUAAGUACUUUCAUAAAAUGUACGGAAUAAUGUCUGAUCUUUUGUUCAAAUGAUCCGUUGUAGCGAUGAUUGGGUAAAGCCGAAGGAGUCCAAGGAUAUAGUAGAUCAUCAUCAUGAGACUCGACUCUCCUUUACCCUCCAGGCGUUCUUUCCGUUUCUCUUGGCUGGUUUUGGAAUGGUGGGAGCGGGCAUUUUAUUGGAUCGAGCGAGCACUUGGUACUUUCUGAGUGAAGUGCCUGAGGCAUUAAUCUUGGUGCCAGCAUUGCUGGGAUUAAAAGGAAAUCUGGAGAUGACCCUGGCUUCAAGAUUGUCUACUAUGGUGAGGUUUGGAGUAAUAAAUUUAACUUGCAAGAGAAUCCUUGUAUUAUUUGCAUAUUUUCAGGCCAAUCUCGGCCAAAUGGAUACCCGGGAGCAACAAGUCAUGGCCCUAAUCAGCAACUUGGCCCUUGUCCAGACGCAGGCCAUUGGUGUCUCGCUCGCCGCCUCUUUCCUGGCGAUAACCACCAGUUUCUUUGAUGGCUAUGGUUUCCAUUGGCCUCGAGUUGUUUCCCUGAUGUUAAUCUCGAUCUCAACUGCUUCUAUCGCAUCUCUGAUUCUCUCCACGGUCAUGGUUUUGUUGGCCAUUAUUGCCCGCAAGUGGAAGAUCAACCCGGACAACGUCAGCACUCCAAUUGCAGCCAUGCUGGGGGAUAUAACAACACUGGCGUUUAUGGUAAGGAUUAGGAUCUUCGAAGGUCAGAUUUGGGGAAACGAAAUUGUGAAAAGAAGUUUGAAGGGUUUCUGGAUCUUUGUAAAUUGCUUAAGAAUAACGUCACAAUAAACAAUCGAAUUAGUCGAUAAAACUUAUUAUGACUUUUAUUCUCUUCAAAAUUCAAAUUUUGAUUUUAGAUUUUAUUUGGGACCGUUCUGACUAAAAACGCUGAGAGCCUUUUCAUCCUCCAAGUCAUCUUACUGGUCCUUUUUAUUUCAUCUACGGUAAUCUGGGCAUUGGCGGCUUCAAAGAAUCCGGCUACCUUGGAAGUCCUCAAACAUGGAUGGUAUAUUGUAAUUCUGGCCAUGUUGAUCAGCUCCGGUGGGGGAUAUGUCCUCAAGAUGGCCAUGACCAAGUUCUCUUCCUUGGCGGUAUUCCAGCCAGUUGUGAAUGGAGUGGGAGGAAAUCUGGUGGCCGUUCAGGCAAGCAAGAUCUCCACAUAUCUUCAUCGACAUGGAAAACCGGGGGUUCUGCCUGAAAAUAAAAUCAUGACAUAUGCGUUACCGAUCAGGACGUUUGCUUUGAAGGGUGAGGUCAAACAUAUCCAUAGCUUUAAAUGAUCAAUGAAAUUGCUAUUAAUUCAUGCUGAUAAUUGUUUAGAAGAAGAGUCAAUUCAUGCUUUACUAUUAUUACUGAUGAGUAUUCCCGGCCAUGUGAUCUUUCUCACAGUAAUAUCGUUGGUAGAAUUGGGAGAUAUCUACGAUUGGAAAUUCUACAUUGCCUAUGCCAUCAUUGGCAUGUUGCAGGUACGAUCUUACACCUAAUCCAGAAUUCAAAUCUUAUUUAUAUUACUUUAGGUAGCCAUCCUUCUCUACAUAUGCCAGUUAUCCUGCCGUGUUAUGUGGCGAUUCAAGGUGAACCCAGACAACAACGCGAUUCCUUUGCUGACGAGUUUGGGAGAUUUAAUAGGGACAUCCCUGUUGUUUGCUAUGUUUAUUAUCCUCAAUUCCAUAUCCAGUGAAGUCAUCUCCAAUUUGGAGGAAGAAUCACCCUCUUCGAAUUAG